AAAACAAAUGUAAUUUUCUUUGACAAGAGAGACAGAGACGAGUCCCAUAAAUGAUAAAUUAGGUACAGAGAAGCAUUAAUUAUUUUUCCCUCUCUGUUUCUCUCUCUAGAAACCAAAAACUCUGUUUCUGUUACAACCGGAUAAUCUCUUGAUAUUUUCUCUCCUUGCUCUGUUUGCUUCUUUGUGCUUUUGUUUCUUUCUUGGAUUCAGCACUGCUUUUCUCUUUCCCGGAAACUCGAUUGCUUUUAUCAUUUUCCGUUAGAAAGAAAAAAUCUCGAUUCUCACGCAACCAUUUCCACUAACCUUCAUAUCUUUUCCACUGGAUAUAUGGGUUUCUGUUGAAAACGAAGAGAUUGAUUUUUCUCUCAUCAUUUCCUCAUUUUCUUUCAUUUUUUUCCUCAGCUUUUUCUUUCCUUUGAAAAUUUGCGUUAAAUUAGGGAGGCUUGCUGGGUUAUUUUUCUUUCUUUUUUCCCUUGAUUGAACGCGAUUUUCGUUGUGGGAUUUUGAUUUAACUUGAAGAAUUAACGUUGUAUUUUGUGGCGUCUUAAGAGAAGGGGUUUCUUGGAUUUUGAACGACGCAGAGUCAUAGGCUAUUGAGUUUUCUUUAAGCAAAAACAGAAACACAUUAGAAGAAACAGAACAUCCCAAAUUAAAGCAAUCACUUUCUCGUACAAACUUUCCCAAACGAAAAUGAUGCCGGAAAUUUGUGUUUCCGGUGUCGUUGGUUUUUGACAACGCAACUAUUUAUCAGCCAAGACUUUCUUUUGAAACUGAGGAAAAGAGAGAUAGAUUUGGAGUUUUAUUUUUUAUUUUUAUUUUUUAUAUUUAUUUUUUAUAUUUAGCUGUCCAAACGUCAAAAAAUAUAAUUCUCUUGCAUUUCUGUUUCUCCUCGUCACUCUUCCUAUCUCAAAUAGGGAAAUCAAAUCCCGACAAUCUCUCUCUCUCUCUCUCUCUCUCUCUCUCUCUCUCUCUCUCUCUCUCGCCUUCUCUCUUUCUCUCUCUUUUUUUCUUGACAUUCCUCUGUUUUUUCUUUUCUGGGUUGGGAGGGAAACUAAAUUUCUCUCCUUUCUUUCUCGUUCUCCAUAUCUCUCUCCUUCUCUUUGUCCUCGAAACCAUGAUUUUUGAAAAGGGGUCAACGCAAUCAAACCUAGACUGCUUCCUUCACUGCACAACUCCAGUAGUUCCAUCACAAUUCCUCCCCAAGACAGAGAUUAGAAACUUAAACCGUCUAUGGCAUCCAUGGGAGAGAGACACAGUUGAGUAUUUUACCUUGGGUGAUCUAUGGAAUUGUUUUGAUGAAUGGAGUGCAUAUGGAGCUGGAGUUCCUAUUGUCUUGAACAAUGAUGAAACAUUGGUCCAGUACUAUGUGCCUUAUCUCUCUGCAAUCCAAAUUUUCACAAGCAAUUCCUCUGUUAACGGUUUCAGGGAAGAGAUCGAGUCAGGUGAUGGUGAGACGAGGGAUUCAUUUAGCGAUUCAUGUAGCGAUGAGAGUGAGAGUGACAAGUUAUGGAGGUGGGAUGGAUGCUCUUCAGAGGAAGGAGGAUUCGAGCAAGACAAUCUUUGGCGUCUCAAUGAUCGAUUGGGUUACCUAUAUUUUCAGUAUUUUGAGAGAUCAACUCCUUAUGGAAGAGUUCCUUUGAUGGAUAAGAUUAAUGGAUUGGCUCAAAGAUACCGAGGUUUGAUGUCAUUGCGAAGUGUGGAUCUUUCACCAGCUAGUUGGAUGGCUGUUGCUUGGUACCCCAUCUAUCACAUUCCCAUGGGGAGAACCAUAAAGGACUUGUCCACGUGCUUUCUCACGUACCACACCCUUUCAUCAUCUUUUCAAGAUAUGGACCUGGAUGAUGACACUGAGAGUCCAGGAAGGAAACAAAAGGAGGGGGAAAGCAUCUCCCUGCCCCCAUUUGGUUUGGCCACUUACAAGAUGCAGGGAAAUGUGUGGAUCUCAGGCAAUUAUGGCCAGGACCAAGAAAGGCUGGUGUCACUUUUGAGUGUGGCAGAUUCAUGGCUAAAGCAACUGAGGGUCCAGCACCAUGACUUCAAUUACUUCAUGGGGAUUAGGCGUGGCUAAAACCACUACUUUUAACAUUGCAAUUUUCAAAACCCAUGAAAAGAGCUAAUCACUAAAAUCUCCUUUCUGUUGGAUUUUUUGGUUUCAUGCUUGAGUAAGGGCCUUAUGUGUGAAGAUUGUCGUGUGGAUUUCUCGGUAUUGAGCAUUGCAUAUAAUCUUAUUUUAGGGCUAGUCCUUGUAUGAGGUUUGAUCAUCGUAGAGGGCAUGUGAGAUGAGUUAACCCUCCUUUUUUUCCCCUCCUGAUCUUUAAAGUUCUUAAUGGGGUUUUCCUUAAUGUAGAGCUAUGGAUGAAGUCUCAGAGAGAUGGGAGAUUAGAGAAAAUACCAGCUCUUCAACUUUGAACCUUUCCUGGAUUGUGUAACAUUCUCUUGAAUAUAACGGAACCACCUGAAAUGAGGAAAUUGUUGAAGUUUUUGCA